CCUUCCAUAAUGGGAGAAGAACUGAAGCUAUUUGGAUUUUGGAGCAGCCCUUUUAGCUACAGAGUCAUAUGGGCUCUGAAACUGAAAGGGUUAGAUUAUGAAUACAUUGAAGAGGAUCUGCCCUACAACAAGAGUGCCUUGCUUUUACAGUACAACCCAAUUUACAAGAAGAUCCCAGUACUUCUUCAUGGUGGAAAACCAAUUGUGGAGUCCACAGUCAUCCUUGAAUACAUUGAAGAGACAUGGCCGGAGAAUCCCUUGCUUCCAAGUGAUCCUUACGAAAGAGCUGUAGCUCGAUUUUGGACUAAAUUUGCUGAAGAUAAGAAUUCUAGCAUUUGGGGUAUGUUUCUCACAGCAGGAGAGAAACAAGAGAAAGCCAUAAAAGAGUGCUUGGAAGUGUUGAGAACUAUUGAAGAACAUGGUCUUGGAGAGAAGAAGUUCUUUGGUGGAGAGACGAUUGGAUUAGCAGAUUUAGCCUUAGGAGGGAUUGCUCACUGGUUGGGAGUGAUGGAAGACAUAUUAUCUCAGAAAUGGGUGGAAGCCCAUACAUUCCCUCGCUUGCAUGCUUGGAUGCAGAAUUUCAAGGAAGUUCGUGUGAUCAAAGAGAACCUCCCUGAUCGUGAUCAAAUGAAGCUCUUUUUCAAGUGCCGGUUGGAGAAGCUUUCAGCAUCUGCUUGAAACU